GCCCGCUUCCUAGCCAUGUUCUCAGGCAACAGUAGCGACGACGGCGGUGGCGGCUUCUGGGGCAGUGGCCGAGCAGGCGCAGCCGGAGGCACUGGGGUUGCAGGGGAGCCCGGGCCGGAGGGGAGCCCUCGUCCAGCGCCCCUUUUCAGUCCCGGGACUUACGAGCUGCUAGCGCUGCUGAUCGCCACCAUCGGGCUGCUGGGUUUGUGCAACAACUUGCUGGUGCUCGUCCUUUACUAUAAAUUCCAGCGGCUCCGAACCCCAACCCACCUCCUCUUGGUGAAUAUCAGUUUCAGUGACCUGCUUGUGUCCCUCUUUGGAGUCACCUUUACCUUCGUGUCCUGCCUAAAGAGCGGCUGGGUCUGGGACACGGUGGGCUGCGCAUGGGACGGGUUUAGCAACAGCCUCUUUGGAAUUGUUUCCAUCAUGACCCUCACUGUCCUUGCCUACGAACGCUAUAAUCGAAUUGUCCAUGCCAAAGUGAUUAAUUUUUCCUGGGCCUGGAGGGCUAUAACCUACAUCUGGCUUUACUCAUUGGUAUGGACUGGAGCUCCUCUCCUAGGCUGGAACAGAUACACUCUGGAAAUCCAUGGACUAGGCUGCUCAGUGGACUGGAAAUCCAAAGAUCCCAAUGAUUCCUCCUUUGUGCUUUUCUUGUUCCUUGGCUGCUUGGUGUUACCUGUUGGUGUCAUGGCCUAUUGCUAUGGCCACAUUCUGUAUGCCAUCCGAAUGCUUCGCUGUGUUGAAGAGCUUCAAACCAUCCAAGUGAUCAAAAUCCUGAGAUACGAGAAGAAAGUGGCCAAAAUGUGCUUUUUAAUGAUAGCAACAUUCCUGUUCUGUUGGAUGCCUUAUGCAGUGAUCUGUCUCUUGAUAGCAAAUGGCUAUGGCAGCCUGGUCACACCAACUGUGGCUAUCAUACCAUCUCUCUUUGCCAAAUCCAGUACUGCAUACAAUCCAAUUAUCUACAUCUUCAUGAGCAGAAAGUUUCGAAGAUGCCUUUUACAGCUCCUGUGUUUCAGGCAGCUGAAAUUCCAGCAGUCCAAGAAAGACAGACCUGUCAUGAGGACUGAAAAGCAGAUCAGACCUAUAGUGAUGUCCCAGAAAGUUGGAGACCGACCAAAGAAGAAAGUGACUUUUAGCUCUUCCUCCAUCAUCUUCAUCAUCACCAGUGAUGAGACACAAAUGAUCGAUGACAGUGACAAAAACAGUGGGACAAAGGUGAAUGUGAUUCAAGUUCGACCUCUCUAGGGAUGGAGGGGGACAGUAAAAGACAGGAUUCUGCGCAGUAGACUCAGCUUCUGAUCUCUAAUUUUGAAGACUGUGAUGGAAUUCCCCAGAGGACUUUUGUUCCACUGUGAUAUGAUAAAAAUGAGUUGACACAGUUGAACUCCAGUUAUGUUCACUGACCUCAGAAAAUAACCUGAGCAAUGGUUUUGGUCAACGGGUGCUCCACGUACUAAAAUAUGACUUCACAAUAUAAGAAGAUUAGAGGAUUAUUUUAAGCUGGAAGAGAUCUUAAAGACCAUUUGGUCCAAUCUGCUUAUUUAACAUGUGAUAAAAACUGAGGUCCCAUGAGGUUACAUUACAAGUCCAUACAACUUAUUAGAGAGUCAGGAGUCAUCCCUUUCCAAAUAUGAUGACUAUUUUCAUUCCAAAUGUUUCUAAAUGCUGUACUUUCUAAUGCUUGUGAUGCUUUCUCCUUCUGUUUUGAAUAUGGCUUUCAAAAUAUCUGCAUUUUACAUAUAUGCAUAAAAUGGGUAGGAAAACUGUCACCAAUU